CUUUGAACCUUAAAACUUGGCAAACGGCAAAAAAACGCAUAAAACGGAAACGAAAAAAAAUUAUAAAAAAUAAAAAAUUAAAAAAUCUUGAUGAAACGGAAACAAAUUAAAGUGUUACAAAGAUUUUCAAUUUAGCAAAAAUUUAAAAAGUGAAAAAAGUUUAAGAAAGUUGUUUAUUUCUGUGUUGAAGUGGGUGUUAAAAAAGUAUAUUUGUUAUUUCACCCAGUAAAUAUAUGAGUAUUUGUUAAAUUGUGUGGCCUCGUCUCAAGUAUAUUAUUCGAUUGUUUUCAAAAGUACUCAUUACAAAUGAAUGAAUACACCACAAAAAAAUAAGAAAAAAACAAAAAUCAUUUUGUAGAACUAUUUCAAGAGUUUACAUGUAAGAAACUUUUAAACAACAUUAAAAAUUUAAUCAUUUACAAGCAUAUUUAAAAUAAAAUAAGAAAAAAUUUAAAACAAAAAAGGAAGCGUGUCUUGUACAUCAGCAAUGCAGCAAUAUUUAACAGCAACAACAGCAACAACAAAAAUAUUUAAAAUAAGAACCCAUCAACUAUUUUAUUGCCAAUUAGUAAAAUACUUAUUGACACUGGUUCAACAAUAAAACAACGAAUAUUUAAAAAAAAAUUAAAUAAAAAGGAAAAUUAAAUAUAAAAUCAUUGUAAAACAAGUGGUUGUACGUGUUUACACGUUUGUUCAGGGCUGCUCUGGCCACGAGAGAGUACACACACUGACAAAUAUUGCAUUAUUAAACAGCAAUUGACGGCUGACAAUUAAAAGCUUGACAAUUGGAUUUCAGAAUUUUAUUUUUCCCUGAAAAUUGCCAUUAAUUGUAGUUUGCAUUUCUAGUGAAAGUGCCUGUCGUCCUGUAUUGUCCUGUCCGUUCUCUGUGCGAGUGUGUGUGUGCGUGUGUGACGAACAUUUUAUCACCAACGAAAUUCAUUUUAUACCGUCAAGUUGGAAGGAAAAAAACUUUUUACAGCAGUUAAUCAUUUUUUCACUGGUUCAACAUUUGCCAGGGAAAUUCGACAGCUAAUGACACGAACUACAUCCGUAAGUGUCGAUGACACUGCAGACGUAUUUACAAACGUUGACCAGAUAACUGGCAGUAACGAUGAAGCGCAGACAGAUAUAUCACAUGCCAUUGCGGCGGCAAACAAUGAACAAAGUACAUCGAUAGCGGCGUCACCCUCAGUAGAUGGUAUUUUGACAAAAACUCAUCCCCCAGCGCGACGGCGUUCACCCAGACAACGCAAAAAACCCCAUUUACAUGACAAUGGUGAAGAUGAGCGCACAAUAGCUGAUAUAACAACAAAAUCCAAUAAACGUCAUAAAGAUAGCAACUCUAGAACAGAAAUCAAUACUCAACGAAAUCGUCGACCAAGAAAUCAACGAAAACAGCGACAUACUUCAGAUCCAGAUACGGAUUCAUCAUGUGAUUUUACCACCACUAUUUCAGCACAACAACGUCAAAAUUAUUCAAAUGUCUUAACAAGUACUCGUGUCACGUGUGUCAGGGAUUUCGCCGAGGAAAUCGUUUAUGAGGACAAUGGCAAUGAAGAGAAAGACUACUCUAGUGAUCGUGAUACAAAACGAGAUGAUGGCGAAGAUGAAGACGAGGAAUACGAUGAAGAGGACUAUGAUGAUGAAGAAGAGGAGGAUGAUGAUGAAAAUGAGGAUGAUAUGGAAGAUGAAGACUAUUUUGGAGAGUCGGCUUUAAAAGAGCGUAAACGUAGUAAUACUUCAAGUACGGAGGGUGGUAGUUUACGAUUUACGCGUGAGAAACGUGUCAAACGCAAAUCGAAAAUACGUCAAUUCUCAACACAACGAACGUAUUCAAAUGAUUCGAAUGAGGGCGGUAGUGGCCGAAUCAUAUCAAAGGCACAAAUGAGAGAGUUCCGAGAAGCCUUCCGUUUAUUCGAUAAAGAUGGCGAUGGUUGUAUAACCAAAGAAGAACUGGGUACAGUAAUGCGAUCUUUAGGUCAAUUUGCUCGUGUUGAAGAACUACAAGAAAUGUUGCAGGAAAUCGAUGUUGAUGGCGAUGGCAAUGUUAGUUUCGAGGAAUUUGUUGACAUCUUGUCGAAUAUGGCAUACGAGGAUAAAUCGGGUCUUUCAUCUGCCGAUCAGGAAGAACGAGAAUUACGUGAUGCAUUUCGUGUAUUUGAUAAACAUAAUCGUGGUUAUAUUACCGCUUCAGAUUUAAGAGCCGUUCUACAGUGUUUGGGAGAAGAUCUUGAUGAGGAGGAGAUUGAGGAUAUGAUUAAAGAAGUGGAUGUCGAUGGCGAUGGUCGUAUAGAUUUCUAUGAAUUUGUACAUGCUUUGGGAGAGCCAGAGGAUUCACAGGAAAACGACGAAGAAGAAGAAAACACUACAUCACCAUUGCCAACACCCAAAUCCAAUGUUUCCAUAACGUACGAAUAAAUUUAAACAACAAGAAAAAAAAUCAAUUUUGCUCAAAACAAAAAAAAAACUUUUCUUUUUUUGCAUAAUAAUUGUAAUUUUCUAGGAACUAAUAACAUGAAUCAUAAUAAACAUUUUUAACUUUAAUAGAAAGAAAUUUAAUAGAAAAUCUAUAAAUCUUAAAGGAAAUUGAAAAACUAAUCAAAAACUCUUUUAAACUAAAUACAUACAUAUUAUUAUAUAUUAAAUUUUUUUAUUAUAAUAAUAAAAAUUACAAUUUAAAUGCUAAAUUUUUAAAAUAAACUUUUAGUUUGUAUAUUCUCAGCCGGGGAAAAAAUUCAUAAGGUUGGUUCAGGAGUUAAUAAAGAACAAGAAAGUAAAACAAAACAAACAACGAAAUUGGAAAAAAAUAAUUAAAAAAUAAAAUUUCAUUAAAUUUUUAUUUAAAAUUUUUCUUUUCAAUUUGACUUUGACUAUAAAAUAUAUUAUUUAGUUUAAAAAAAUUUAAUAAACAAUUAAAGAAUUUUAUAAAAAUUUAAAAUCUAAAAUCAGCUGAGAAUAUAUUACUCUCUAUAGACGUUAUUUAUUAAUAAUUUAUUUUAAUUUUAAAUUGAUUUUGAAAAAAAAACAAAAACAUAUCAAUUACUUUUAGACUUCUAACUGAGUAAAAUAAAUUUAAAUAAACGAAUAAAAUCAAAUUUAACAAAUAUUAUCUAAAUCAAAUUAUCUGCAGUUUUAUUUAAAAUUGAAUCAAAACUAAAUUAUAUUUUAUUAUUUUGUACAACUUAAACUUCUUUAAAUUAUAGUAACUAAUUACAAAAAUAAAAAAAAUAUUAUUAAAUACAUUAGUAAAUGUUUAACUACUAAUUAAAACAAUGAAUUGAAAU